CGCGAGCCCGGGCGGGCAGCCUGCGCGGGUGGCGUCGCGGCCGAGCGCGUCCUGCCCUUCGGUGCCGCGCCGGAAGGCAGUUUGCUGGACUAAGGUUCUUUGUGCUGUCUUCUAGAAGCUCUUAGCUUUGCACUCUACAUGUGGAUGUAGAACUCAUUUUGGGUUAAUUUUGCGGCAUUUGUGAAGUCUGUGUCCCGUGGUUUCUUUGCAGAGGUGUUCAGAAACAGCUCUGGAAAAGCUUUCCCAGUCUGCCUGGGAAGCUCAGGCAGGUUGACAGGCGAGAAGAGCCUGCUGUAUAGCGGGUGGCUCUUUGAAAGUAGCCUUGGCACUGAGGAGUCCACAGAAGAAGCAGUGCUGCGUUCCUGCCCGCCUUCACUUCUUGUGGUGAGUGCGACUGUCCCGCCGCCGCCGCCACAGCCAUCACCGCCACAGCCACCCUCCACUGAGGACUGGAGACCAGAAGCUGUCCAGGCGUGCCCCAGGCCUUUGGCACCAGGUUGGAGCCUCUGCAUCAUGGAGACGGCCAUUGUUGGACUGUCCAGGCCGGAUCAGGAUCUGGUGAGCUUUGAGGAUCUGGCUGUGAACUUCACCCAGGAAGAGUGGGAUCUGCUGGAUUCUUCUCAGAGGAGUCUCUAUGGAGAUGUGAUGCUGGAGACCUGCCGGAACCUCACUGCCAUAGGAUAUGAAUGGGACGACCAGGCAGUUGGAGAACAUUAUGAAGAACCUGAAAUAAAUCUAAGGCACAUCGUCUCUCACUCUGAAUGCACACAGUAUGAAAAUGAGGAGUAUGAACAGAAGCCACAGGACUCUGAUUUUCUUACAAGGGUUGAAGGACACACGGAGACUCCGACUGUGAAUGGACCUUCUGAGUGUGAGGUGUGUCUAAAAUCCUAUGGACUGUAUCACCUGACUUACAAUGGACAUCACAGCUAUGACUACAAGGAGUGUGGCGGAAGCCCGACUGUACGGAAGUGUUACGAGUGUGACCAGUGUGGUAAAACUUUGAGUUCUUUCAAUUCUCUUCAACGACAUCAGAAAAUUCAUAUUGAAGAAAGACCAUAUAAAUGUCAGCAGUGUAGUAAGGCCUUCAGAUGUGUCAACGCCCUUGAGUCACAUGAAAGAAUUCAUACCGGAGAAAAACCUUAUGAAUGUAAACACUGUGGUACAGCUUUUAGCAGACUUACUCACCUGCGAUUACAUGAAAAAGUUCAUACUGGAGAAAAACACUAUGAAUGUAAACAAUGUGAUAUAGUUUUCAAAUCUCAGAGUUCCUAUCAUAGACAUAAGAUAAUGCAUGGAGAAACAUUCUAUAACUGUAAGCAGUGUGGGAAGUCCUUCAUUUACCCCUCUUUACUUCAAAUGCAUGAAAGAACGCACACAGGAGAAAAGCCCUAUGAGUGUAAACUCUGUGGGAAAGCUUUUAGAUAUCACUCUUCCAUACGAUUACAUGAAAGAACUCACACGGGAGAAAAACCCUAUGAAUGUAAACACUGUGGUAAAGCCUUUACACGUCAGAGUUAUCUCCAAUUUCAUGAAAGAAGCCACACUGGAGAGAAACCCUAUGAAUGCAAAGACUGUGGGAAAGCUUUUAGGCAUCGCUCUUACCUUCGAUUACAUGAAAGACGACACACUGGAGAGAAACCGUAUCAGUGCAUACAGUGUGGCAGAUCCUUCAGUCGGCAGAGUUCCUUUAAGAGACAUCAGUCUGUUCAUGCCGUGGAAAACCCCUAUAAAUGUCAACAAUAUCUAAUUCCUUUAUCCCUGUUUCCUUCAAAUGCAUGAAGGAACUUACACCAGCACCAAACUUCUGCAUGUGAACUGUGUGAGAAAAUGCUAUUCUAAUUCACAAAAGACAUGUGUAAGAACUCAAAAUAGUGAUGAGUCUUUAAACAAUGUAGUAUAGCCUUCAGGGGUCAUUGGGACUAUAGAACCCCACCACCUGGAAGCAGUUACCAAAGAUGCUAUCUCCUGCUCUUCAGCCUCCCGUAAAAAUGUGUGGAAAUCAUGUGUCUCAGGGAGAAGAAGUAAAGCAGGAAGAAGGCCAGAAAAGAAUGGCUGUGAGCUACAGUAACAACUCUAGAGCCCAACAAUGUGAAAGCCUAGCACUUGGACUUUGGGGACCCUCUUGGGGUUAUAGAAACUCUUCCAGCAAACAGGAAAUCAUUCCCUAUAAUCACUAGAAGAUAGGUCUGCCCUAUGAAUUAAUAAGAACUUAUGGAUUCAGAAUUCUUAAGACACAUGCUUGAGCCCACUCCUGUGGGAUGAUUUCUAUACUGUUAUUCUCGAGUUCAAUAAAUCUAUAUAUACUCUCAGUA